AAAAUUAUUCGGUUUUUUAUAUAUAUAUUUUUUUUUUAAAUGGCUGGAUUAUUUUUUUUCGAUCGUAAAUGGGCUUCGCUCUGAUUGGAUCGCUCAUCUUCUGCAAUUUAUGGAAAACACUUUGCUCUGAUUGCUCCAUAACACGGUGUCUUCUAGUCUCUGUCUCGACGCUUGGGGCGGCCAAGCAUUCAUUGCGAUGCUGCAUCCUUUGAGGUCUCACUACCAUUGUGAAGCACAAGUCAAGCAAUGGAUUGUUGGCCCACCAAUAGGGAUUCGAUCUGGAAGGGGAUGUGGGUGAAAAUUAAAAAAGGGGGAUAUUUUAAGGUUAUGCUCAUCCGCUCCCGUUCAUUUGAAUUGAACCUACUCUGACAACGAAGAAAAGCUUUGCUGUUUCAUCCACCACAGUUACAUUAAAAAGAUUGUUGUAAAACAAGAUAUUUAUCUUUACAGACAGGAUUUCUAUGGCUGAAGCUCACUUGCGUAAUACCUGGAAAUGCCGUGAAGCUAUUCAGCUGAGUUGAGUGGUUACCAACCACGAAGUGGGCAGAUACUUGAAUAUUAUUUGGCGUAACUAACGCACAUAAAGACAAUCGGCCAGUUUUUGUGCCGAUUUUGCCCCUUCCCGACUAAACGCGUCAAACGCCAGACAAUCUUUAGUCUUCCAAGAUUAUUUUAUAAGAUUGUCCUUUGGUCCGAUUUUAGGGUCCAAAACAGGUCGCACCCGAUAAUCUUAAAUAAUGAACGUGUUCGAUAUUUACGACCAAAAGUCUUAGUGUGUGUGGGGGACGACUUCUCCCGACUCAUGACGCCGAGAAUGGUGACGUGACACCGAAUGUAGCCAAUUAAGAAACCCUGACUCAACAAAAAGAACCGACCGUAAAUUAAAAAAAAAAAAAAGCAUGUCUUUACCCGAUGUCGUUCUUUUUUAUAGACUUAUAAAAGUGGGUUCCCCAGACGGUAACAAGUAUUUUCCAAAACAAGCCUAUUUUUUUAGGAAAUCGCUAUUUUACGAGACUAUGGCUUCGGGAAUGUUCGGGAAUCAUCGGCGCAAAACCCCACGUGUUCCCCUCCUCUUCGGUUUUGUGAGAUCACGUGAUUAUGAGAGCUUUUGAGAUCUGCGCCGGAAAUAAAAUGUUCUGUGUGGUGGUGUAUAUGAUCAGUGCACACACACAAUAUGACCCAAACUGUUAAUUACUUGAUUUUUUUUCUUCAUGUGUGUGAUUUGUCUCAGAUAAGAUUAAUUUUAAGAUUUCUAAAGUCCUGAUGUGUGUACCAGGCCUAAGUAACGCCAUUAACGAUUUCAAAUCCUGUUUGCAAGAGGUUUUGCUGUUCAAAGGCUAUUGCAUUGAAUCAAGAAACUGCAUAGAUGUCAAACUUAAACCAGUUCACAGACUCAUUUUGACCUGUAGUAUGCAUAAAACAGUAGAAGAAAAUGAUUUUGAUGGCAUGGCACCUACUACUCCAGGUUGGGGUUUGCCUCGAAGCUGUAAUACCAAUAAUGAUGACCCUUUCUGCUCUUAAAAUUUCUGUUGGGGAGGGGAUUAUUUUUAUUUUUUUUCAGCAUUGCGCAUUAGUAGAGAUGUGAUUUCAAAUCCUUACAGAAAUAAAAACUGACAGUGAAGACAAGGUGGUUAACCCAAGUUUUUUUGGGGGGGGGAAGUAGGCCACAGUUUAGGUUGUCUGAAAAAAAUUAAUAGUGAACCCCAAAUAGAGAGCCUUUUUGUGUGUGUUUUUAUAUGUAUAUAUAUUAUAGUUUUUUGUUUUUUUCUUCACCCCGGGUGGAAAAAACGUUUACUCUCACCAGCAGCCGUUAAAGGUCAGUAGCUGUUCAAAUUUGGCCUGACUGAAACCUGAUUGGUUGAAAACCCUUGCCGACGCAUGCGCACUGCAAGACGUGUUGCGUUUUUGUUAUCGAAAGUUUUAAAGUUACUCACAGCCCGCGAGUAAAACCCUACGUCGGGAUCAUUACAAGUAACACGCCUCAUGGAUUAUGAGUAGUUUUUGUGUUCCUGAAGUCGCACACACGAGAAUGAGAAUAAACUGGCGGUCUUUAUAACGCGAACCGGAAACGGAAGAAACCUGUGGAAACGAACGCUGAGCUGAAGCAUGGACAGCCUGGAGGAGGACCUGACGUGCUCCGUGUGCUACUCGCUGUUCUCAGACCCGCGGGUCCUGCCGUGCUCGCACACCUUCUGCCGGGCCUGCCUGCACGGCCUGCUCCUCGCGUCGCACAACUACUCCAUUUGGCGCCCGCUGCGCCAGCCGCUCAAGUGCCCCAACUGCCGCGGCGUCGUGGAGCUGCCCGUGGCGGGCGUGGACGCGCUGCCCACCAACGUGUCCCUUCGUGCCAUCAUCGAAAAGUACCAGGGGGACAGCGAGCCCAGAGCCCCCUUGUGUCCGGAACACCCGAGGCAGCCCCUCAACAUGUACUGUGUACGAGACCGCAGGCUCAUCUGCGGCCUGUGUCUGACUGUGGGCCAGCACCAGGGGCACGCCAUUGACGACCUGCAAACGGCAUUCGCCAGAGAGAAGCAGACCCCUUCGCUCCUGCUGGCACGACUCUCUGAGCACAGAUGGGCACAGGUUUGCGAGCUGGGUGAACAGCUGGAGCAGGAGAAGGCCCGCUGCGAGGGUCUGUUGAGGCAGGACAGACAGGAGGUCGCUCAGUUUUUUCACAUGCUGGAAGCAGCACUGGCGAGGAAGAGACAAGCAUACCUGGAGGUUCUGGACAAGGCCUUAGCCGAGGUGUCGCGGGCCUACGACCCACUCAUCCACAGGGUCAAGGAGCUGCAGGAGGAGCAGCUGGACCUGGUCUCCCUGGCGGCAUCAGUCGAGGAGGAAGACUCACCGCUGGUCUUCCUGGAGAAGGUUCACAUGUUCAAAGAGCGAGUGGACGACUUCACCAGCGCCAGUCUACCCUCCGCCCUCAACCUCUCGGUAACGCCCCGAGCGGCCGACUACCUGCAUCGACACUGGGCCGCCGUCACCCUCGGCAGUCUAGACGAGGCACCCGUCCCUAAGGUGUGCUGCUGUGCUCGGUGCGGUAGCGCGGCAGCCAAGGCUCACGAGGGACCGUCGCAAGACUCCUACAGGCUACGAGCCCAACUGCUUUUGUUGCUGCUGCUGCUGCUGCUUUUUCUGCUGUCAUCGCUGUGCUGGCUUGGCGUCGCUCAGUUCAACCGAGGUCUGAGAGAAGAGCUUUUUACGCCCAUCUGGGACUGGAUGGAAUCGUCGUACACGGUGACUGAGGUGUUUGUCCUAAGAUGGAGCUCACAUGUUUUCUCUACGGUAGAAAUGUUCUUACAACAGUUGACUGCCUUCUUCAUUACUCUGACAUCACCACUCGACCCCUGCCUUUUAUUUACAAGUUGACUUGUGCAUCCUUUUAUGUUGCGAAGAAUGCUUUUGUACAGUAUUCGCUUGAACACCCACAUGUCUUUUGCACACUCCUUAAUGUUUUUUUUCCUCUAAACAAAUAAAAUGUUUGUCACCAUUCCUAAAAACUGCUCAGAAAAUCUAUUAAAUAUCUAACAAAAUGUUAACUUUUAAAUUGUGGACAGUUUUUGCAUGCCUUACACAUCUACAGUCUAUGUGUACCACUUGUUAAAUAGGUUUGUGGGCGAACUGGAGCCUUCCCCAGCUGACAUCAUUUAACCUGAGGUGCAACAAUUGAUCCAUUAAUGGACAUAAUUUAUAAUCAAAUUAAUUGACAACUAUAUUAAUAAUCAUUUUGAGAUUCUUCAAAUUGUCCAAAUCCUCAGAAUUUAAGCUUCAACAGUGAAUAUUCUCAAAAUUCUGUAGGCAUUCAUGAAAGCAGACUGAUUGUUUCAUCAAAAUGAGACAUUUGCAAACAUCUGCUUUUACUUGGGAAGACAUUUUUGCCCAUUUUCUGACAUUGUACAAAGCAAUCAUAAUUUGUGUAUUUUCUGCACUUUCAAUUUAAAACACACUUUUUGAAUAAUGGGAUGGAAAUAGUUUUUAAAAUCUGAAUUUGAAAAAAUACACAGAUUGAUCGAUUAUUAAAAUAAAUGUUAGUUACGGCCCGACAACCAAAAGUGUUUUUAGAACGCCAUUGAAGCAUGGGGAGAAGAUGUGAACUCAAUCUUUGACAAUAGGUGUACCUAAUUAUGUGUCUAACAACUGUUCUCACAGAAAACAUCCAUUAUCUAUAGCAUUUGUCCUCAUUAGGGUCGGAGGUGACCUGGGGCCUCAUGUACAAAGACUUGCGUGGAUUUCCUACUAAAAACAUAGCGUACGCUCAAGUCCAGAAAACGUCGGAUGCACAAACAUUUCCAGGGGCCUCAUGUACAAAAGGUGCGCACGCAAAAAAAUGUGGCGUACGUUCUUUUUCACAGCAAGAAAUGUGCGGUGCCUCACGCCAACUUCGUGGCUGGCGUAUUAACGUUUCUGCAGCUGUUGGUGCUUUGGCCACAUUUAGAGGUGAUGCUGGGAAACUUAGAAUAAAUCUGCACAUCAGAGACACAUGAACAAUUGGCACUGAUGAACAAUUAAUGCCCGACAACAUUUGAUUUCAACAAUGUAAAAGAGGCAAGAAAUCAGAAUUCAUUUGUUAACCAGUGGCUUCACUGUUAUUUUUGAGGACGCCUAUUAAUUGAUCAAAGCGAUCAUUUAUGCUGCCUAUUGCCCUCACAAUCGCUGCUUGUGACUCCAGCACAUGCACUGAAAAAAAAAAAAAAGUCCUUGCAUCGGUUGUAUUAAAAUGUGUUAGAAUGACAUUUUGUUUUUAGGAGAAGAGGAGUAAAUUAUGUAAUUUUAACACAUUUGAAUCAUGUGAAACCAAUGUACAUGUUCAAAUCAAGUCAAUUCAAAGGAGUCUUUUAUUUAUUUAUGGAUUUUUUUCAGUGUAGCGUGUGGCUGCGACUGCAUGUCC